AAAGGAAAAAAAAAGGAAGAAAAAAGAGGCGCGGAGAACUUCAAAAACCCUAACGAAGUGCAUCGAGUACUAUAAAUCCAUUUCUUAAACCCCUUAGCCCUAUUUCUUUCUCAUUUCAAUUUCUGUUCCUCUGUUUUCCCUUGCUUUUUUUCUCUGCACACGCCGUUUCUGCAAAUGGACUCACCAAUGGAGUUUUGGGGUGUUGAGGUUAAGGUUGGGCAAACGGUGAAGGUUGAUCCCAUGGAUCCAGUGAGUGCGUACAUACACAUCUCUCAGGUUGCCCUUGGAGAGGCGAAAAAGGAGAAGGCAAAUGAACCUGUGGUUGUGUACGUGAAAGUUGGUGACCAGAAAAUUGUUUUGGGAACCCUUAAAAGGGAUGAUAUCCCUCACCUCUCGUUGGAUUUGGUUCUCGACUCUGAUUCUGAGCUAUCGCACUCUUCGAAAACUGCUAGCGUAUUUUUUUGUGGAUACAAAGUUCUAACUGACGAGGGUAACAUUUCUGACUUUUCUGAUAGUGACGAAGAGGAGGAGGAUCUUCCCUUGAAAGGUCAAGAUAAUGGGAAACCCGUAACAAAAGUUGAAGGUGCAAAGGUUACCAAGCCCUCUAAACCUGCUCCCGUGAAAGGUGCAUCGGUGAAACAAGCAAAGACGGUUGAUCCAAAGAAAGACGAGGAGGAUGAUUCUGAUUCUGACGAAUCUGAUGAUGAGCUUGCUGGUAUUGAUGAAUCUGAAUCUUCUGACGAGAUGGAUGAUGAUAGCGAGAGUGAUGAGGAGAGUGAAAGUGAUGAAGAGACCCCUGUGAAGAAAGUGAAUCAGGGCAAGAAGAGACAAAAUGAGUCUGCCUCAAAAACUCCCGUCUCUUCCAAGAAAGCUAAAACUGCUACUCCUGAGAAGACUGAUGGUAAGAAAAAUGUACACGUAGCAACUCCCUAUCCUACGAAGAAAGGUGGAAAGACUCCCAAAAACCCUACAAAAGGGCAGUCUCCUAUUUCUGCUGGACAACUAUCUUGCGGGACUUGUAAAAAGAAUUUUGCCAACGAAGAUGGGUUGCAACAACAUAAGAAGGCCAAGCAUGGUGGUCAGUGAUAUUGCUUUCUAGCGUAUUAAUGUAGUAAACGUUCGAAUUUUUAUCAGAGCUUUGAACCGUUCUUUACGAUGAACACAACGUGUUGAAAAUUUCUUUUUGAUAUCUAAGAGUAUACUCUGUUAUUGUUGGGUGCUAUUCUCUCAAGUGUUACAAUCUCCCUUUAUCUUA